AUGACACUUGCCUGCCAGGAUUUCGGAUCCUCAACUGAGUUUGAUGCCUCCAACAAUUCAGACGAUGCAAGUUCGGAGAAACAACGUAGCCAAUCCGUCAUCAGCUUGAGCUUGCUGAAUGAAAAAGGUGAAAAUGAUCUGCUAGAAAUUGACGAGGCCGAUUCGGACCGUGUAGAAGCAACGGGAUCGAUAUCUCCAACUCCUGAAUUUCGAGUUCGAAGUCAUUCUAUCACCGAAAGACUAAACCGACGAAAACAUUCGCAUUGUGCUUUUGAGAACAACCGCCUUUCGGCAGCUGGCCGAGAAGUUGAAUUGCUUCAACUCCUCAAAGAACAUUCACAGCUCGUACACGCAGUUCGCCUGUGGAGCAAAAUUGGUAAGUUUUUCAAAUAUUCUGUGAAAAUGGUUAGCUCCAGCGAAAACGUUCUCUUUAAAUAA